CUUGACUGCUAUGAAAUGGCACUAUGUACCUGGAAAACACACAGUUUUGUUUUUUCCUCCUCCACAGUCGACAAGCUUCAGACCCACUGGGAAGACUCUCAGACCAAACUCUCCGACAGGCUCAAGCAAAUCCUCAACAUGCUGCAGGACUCCACAAACUGGCUGGACGCAAAGCGGGAGGUGGACUGCCUCAUCAAACAGGCCAGUGGGAGGCUGGAAUCGUGGCAGGAGAUCACGUACACAGCGGACGCACUGAAGAAGCAACACGCAGAUCUAAGGGUCUUCAUGAAGGACCUGAAGCAGUGGCAGGGACAGGUGGCUGAAACCAACGCGCUGGCCAACAAGCUGCUGACGCUGUACGCCAACGACGACACGCACAAGGUCACCCAGGUCAAUGACAACAUGCUGGCGACGUGGGCGCACAUCAACAAACGAGUUUCAGACCGAGAGGCGGCGGUGGAAGCCGGCCUGAAGCUGCUCCACCAGUUCUACCUGGACCUGGAGAAGUUCCUGAGCUGGCUGACGGAGGCGGAGACCACCUGCAAUGUUUUAAUAGAUGCCACCAACAAGGAGAGGCUGCAGGAUCAGCCUGAGGCGGCCAAGAGGCUGCUGGCCCAGUGGAAGGACCUCCAGGCAGAGGUGGACGGCCACGAAGAGCUGUAUCACUCCCUGGAUGAGAACGGCCAGAGGAUCCUGACCUCUCUGAGGGACCCUGAGGACCGGGUUCUGCUCCAGAGGCGUCUGGACAACAUGAGGCAGCGCUGGAACGACCUGCGCAGCAAGACUCUCAGCAUGAGGUCACAGCUGGACUCUGAGAUGGCUCCCUGGAAGAGGCUCCACAUGUCACUGCAGGAGCUGCUGAACUGGCUAAGGCUCAAGAGUCAGCAGCUGGAGCAGGAGAAGCCUGUAGGGGGCGAUGUUCCCACCGUGCAGUCCCAGCUGGAUACACACAGAGGGUUCAAAAUGGAGCUCAGAGCCAAGGAUCCGGUGGUGACCAAGGCUCUUGAUGAUGUGGGAUUCUUCCUGUCCGAACUGCCUAGAGAGUCGCCAUCACCUGAACUGAGAGACAUCAGCCCGGAGGAGCGUGCUCAGAACGUGGGCCGAGUGUUGCGCAAAGAGGCGGACGACGUGGUGAGCCGGUGGGACCGGCUCAACGUCGACUCGGCCGACUGGCAGAGGAGGUUGGAGUUGGCCCUGGACAGACUGAUGGAGCUCCAGGAAGCAGAAGACCUGCUGGACAAGCAGCUGAAGCAGGCGGAGAUGGUGAAGCAGGGCUGGGAACCCGUAGGGGAACUGUUGAUUGACUCCUUACCUGAGCACAUCAGCAGAGUCAAGGAGUUCCAGGAAGAAAUAGCUCUGAUUAAGGACGAUGUGACACACAUGAACCAUUUGGCAUCCACGUUCGAUCCAUCCGACAUCCAGUUGUCUCCUAGCAACCUGGAACGCAUUGAAGACCUCAACACGCGCUGGAGACUGCUCCAAGUUACCGUGGAUACGGGAAAAAGCAACUCGGGCAGCAAUGGACUGGAUGAGGUGGACUCAAAGAUAUCUGUCAAAGAACAUCUGAAGCAGCUGACAGACGCUCACACAGACUUCUGCCUUUCUCAAGGAUCGGUAGAAAGACCGUUCGAGCAGGGCAUCUCUCCAAACAAUGUGCCCUAUUAUAUCAACCACCAGACCCAGACGACAUGCUGGGACCAUCCCAAGAUGACGGAGCUCUACCAGUCUCUGGCCGACCUGAACAACGUUCGGUUCUCGGCCUACCGCACCGCCAUGAAGCUCAGGCGCCUGCAGAAAGCUCUCUGCUUGGACCUCCUGAGCAUGCAGACGGCGUGCGAGGUGUUCGAGCAGCACACCCUGAAGCAGAACGAGCAGCUGCUGGACAUCUCCCAGCUGGUGGCCUGCCUUACCAGCCUGUACCAGCGGCUGGAGCAGAGCCACUCCCACCUGGUCAACGUCCAGCUGAGUGUGGACAUGUGCCUCAACUGGCUGCUCAACGUCUACGACACCGGGCGCACUGGGAAGAUUCGGACUCUGUCGUUCAAAACUGGAAUCAUCUCGCUUUGCAAAGCCCACCUAGAGGAUAAAUACCGAUUUUUGUUCCGACAGGUCGCCAGCGCCACGGGUUUCUGUGACCAGCGCCGCUUGGGCCUCCUCCUCCACGACUCCAUCCAGAUCCCCCGGCAGCUCGGCGAGGUGGCGUCCUUCGGCGGCUCCAACAUCGAGCCGUCUGUCCGCAGCUGCUUCCAGUUUGCCAACAACAAACCUGAGCUGGAGGCCGCCAUGUUCCUGGACUGGAUGCGUCUGGAGCCUCAGUCUAUGGUUUGGCUCCCGGUGCUGCACCGGGUCGCGGCUGCAGAAACCGCCAAGCACCAAGCCAAGUGCAACAUCUGCAAGGAGUGUCCCAUCAUCGGGUUCAGAUAUCGGAGCCUGAAACAUUUCAACUAUGACAUUUGCCAAAGCUGCUUCUUCUCCGGCCGCGUUGCCAAGGGACACAAGAUGCAAUACCCCAUGGUGGAAUACUGCACUCCGACCACAUCAGGGGAGGAUGUGCGUGAUUUUGCCAAGGUGCUGAAGAACAAAUUCAGGACCAAGCGCUACUUUGCCAAACACCCACGCAUGGGCUACCUGCCCGUCCAGACCAUCCUGGAGGGGGACAACAUGGAAACUCCUGUCACCCUGAUCAACUUCUGGCCUGUAGACCAUGCGCCUGGAUCGUCUCCUCAACUCUCUCAUGACGACACACAUUCUCGGAUCGAGCACUACGCCAACCGGUUAGCUGAAAUGGAGAACCGUAAUGGCUCUUAUCUGAAUGACAGUAUCUCACCCAAUGAGAGCAUCGAUGACGAGCACAUGUUGAUCCAGCACUACUGCCAGUCUCUGAACCAAGGCUCUCCUCUCAGUCAGCCCCGCAGCCCCGCCCAGAUCCUCAUCUCCAUGGAAACAGAGGAGAAGGGAGAGCUGGAGAGGGUCCUGGGUGACCUGGAGCAGGAGAACAGGAAGCUGCAGGCCGAGUACGACCGUCUGAAAAAAGCCCACGACAGGAAGGGUCUGUCUCCGCUGCCUUCGCCGCCCGAGAUGCUGCCGGUGUCGCCGCAGAGCGCUCGAGACGCCGAGCUCAUCGCCGAGGCCAAGCUGCUGCGGCAGCACAAAGGCCGCCUGGAGGCCCGCAUGCAGAUACUGGAGGACCACAACAAACAGCUGGAGUCCCAGCUGCACAGGCUGAGGCAGCUUCUGGAGCAGACGGAUUCCAAGGUGAACGGCACGGCCCUCUCCUCCCCCUCCACCUCCUCCCAGCGCUCCGACUCGUCCCUGCCGCUGCUGCGUGUGGCAGCCAGCCAGACUACUGACACAAUGGGCGAUGAUGAGUUUUCCAGUCCUUCCCAAGAUGCAUCUGGCCUGGAGGAAGUCGUGGAGCAGCUCAACAACACUUUCCCUCACAGCCAGGGUCCCAGCAUCGGCAGCCUGUUCCACAUGGCGGACGAUCUGGGCCGCGCCAUGGAGUCGCUGGUCAGCGCCAUGACCGCGGAGCGCAGCGUGGAACUGCCGCGUCCUUUUUGAUCCCCCUAUCAUACCGCAUGCUUUUCUAGUCGAAACAACUGGAUUGGAAACUGUUUACACAGAGAAUAUAAUGUCUAUUUUUGUGAAGGAUUGCAGUUAAAGCAACAAGUACAAAAAAAAAAACACUAAGAUUUGAGUAGUUUCUUAAAACAUCCUGUUUUAUUGUCAAAAGAAGCUGGUUUUUAAACUUCUAUGCAAUUGUAUAAAACGAGAAGCGGGGUUGAGAAACAGAGACGGUGUCUUCAGUGUCCUCGUAUAUUUGCUAUCUCUUUCUAACUGGGGAAACGAGCUGAAGCAUUUCUCACUAGUUUCAAACGAUUGUAACAAUGAGGGUGUUUUCUAAGAGGCAGUUCUCUGUGUGUGUGUGUGUGUGUGAGUGAGUGAGUGUGGUGCCUAAAAUUUCCUAAGUUUUUUUUUUUUUUUUUUUCCUGGAGUGGAGGGAUGCUACUUUUUAAAAACUGGAUGGAUAUUAAUACCCAAUACAAGCUCUGAUGAUCCUAAUAACAGUAAAGAAAAGUUAAAAAAAGAAAAGAAAAAGGCCUCGCACACCAUCGUUGCAUCAAGAAGAGUUUUCAGAAAGUUACUAGGGGGCGCUGUUGAGUUUGUUCCCCUUGUCUGAACAAAGUUUUUUUUUUUACUUUUUACUUGGUAGACCAAUUUGACACGUUAAUUUGCAGCUGAUCACUUGGCUUUCACAAAUCUAACAUCUGUCUUGUUGCAACUACAAAUUUGUCAUUUCCCUAAAAGGUCAGAUUUCUGACUUGCUUUUUAACAUGUUGACUCAAACCAUUCAAUCUCCAAAGGCCAAAGUGUUCAAGUGCAAACCAAGUUUUGAUCAGAUGUAUUUUUUCUAUCAACUAAAGCAGAAGAAUGAAUCUGCUCCCGUUUCGCACAGAGAAAGAAAAGUCUUCCUCAGUAGAGAAACUUUAACAGUCAAUGCCUUGGUCCAUGCGGCACAGGAACAUUUAAACUGUUUGAUUUCCACUACCUGUUAUUAACUCAACAACCUCAUGUGAAGUUUGGAUGUUAGUUUGACCUCUAAUCAGUUCCACACUCCAAGAUUAGUAAAAAUCAAAAAGAUAUUUCUAAUUGAGCACUGGUGGACGCUGAAUGUUCUGUCGAGCCUAAUCUGGUUUUUCGUGUUACGUUUUGUCUUUGGUUCAAAGCAGGUUGGUUUCGUUCUGUGUGAGGAGCUCUGAUAUUAACGUGUGACUAAGAGAGAAAAAAAAUCUUAAUUUGUAAUAAAUAAUCAGUUGUUUCAUCAGAUUCCUGCAGCAUGACCCAGUGAGUUUGAAAUUUUGAUCCAGGUUGAUUUCUUUAAUUUUCUAUUUCAAAGAAUGUCAUUUUCACCUAAUUUUUUCAAAUAACCCGUCGGUACUUCACAACAUAUCAGUCCAUCAAAUGUAUGCCUUACUACUGUACUAUAAAAUGCUUUACUGUAUAUCAAUAAAGCAUGCCGUUAUGUUGACUGCC